AUGGUAGCCAUCUGUCUUUCCUUCACACUUGUGGGCCUAGACAGCAACAUCAUCGCAACAGCGGUUCCAGCGAUGACUCGCCAUUUCGGUACUAUCAAUGAUAUUGCCUGGUAUACUUCCGUCUACCGACUUAUGUCAGGCUCGUUUCAACCCAUGUUCGGAAAGCUCUAUACCUUGUUUCCAGCAAAGAUCUUGAUCCUAGCAAGCCUCGCCACCUUCAUCGCGGGGACUUUGCUGUGUGCCCUUGCCCCAAGUUCGCCAGUUUUCAUUCUUGGGCGAGCCAUAACCGGCUUCGCUACCGCCGCCGUCAUCUCAGGAGCCUUUGCCAUGGUCAUUCACAUCACGCCGCUACGGAAGCGAUCGACGUAUGCCGGAAUAGGCGCCGCAACUGAGGCUGCGGCGUCCCUCACGGCUCCUCUCUUGGGCGGUCUUCUGACUGACCGGUUGAGUUGGCGAUGGUGUUUCUUCAUUGAACUACCCCUGAUCGCCGGUGCAUGCAUCAUUGUUCUCUUCUUCCUCGACUUGACCAAGGGAAAGCAUGUGGAUGGUCAGACCUUCACGUCAGUUUUGCGCGAGCUGGACGUGUUGGGCACGGCCAUCUUCGUGCCGGCUAUCGCAUCCUUACUCCUGGCCCUGCAAUGGGGAGGAAAUAAGUACGAAUGGUCUAGCUGGCGUGUCAUAUUAUUAUUGUGCAUUUUCGCCGCCUUACUUGGCGUCUUCGUCUGGCACCAAAGUCGUCUUGGUGAACGAGCGACUGUUCCGUCUCGGGUCUUGCGACAACGAAACGUUCUCUUUGGCUUCGUGUUCAGCUGCUGCAACAACGGCUCGUUAAGCGUCAUUGAAUACUAUAUGCCCAGCUACUUUCAGACCGUGAAAGGACUCUCAGCAUCUAUGUCGGGUGUAAUGGUUCUUCCUUCGGCGGCUGGCCUGGUGGCCUCGGUUCCUCUUGCAGGGUAUUUGACUACCUUGAUCGGAUAUUACAGCCCGUUCAUGCUUUUAAACAGUCUCAUCACCCCCCCUGCGACUGGCCUGCUUAGCACUUUGAAUGCUGGAUCAAAGCUGUGGGGCUUGAUCUUUUACCAAGCUUUGCUUGGAUUUGGCGCAGGCAUCGGCUUCCAAGGCCCUCAAGUCGCCGUUCAGGCAGUUUUCUCAGACUCCGACUCGCAGAUUGGCAUUGCUACUAUCCAGGUUGCCCAGGCUAUUGGCCCAGCCAUAGCUGUUGCAGGAGCGCAGACUAUCUUUACCUCCAAAUUAGGCUCUUACCUAGCUCGGUUUGCUUCAGAGCUAGAUCUAGCUGAUCUAGCUAACCAGGGUCUUACUAUCCCCGACGGUUUGAGCCCUUGGGAGCACGAACAAGUGGUCUCAAGUUACAGCCAUGCGCUUAACGACACAUUUUAUCUCCCCGUUGCUCUUGCUUGUUUAACCGUCAUCGGCGCGCUCGGCGUGGAAUGGCGAUCUGUAAAGGGAGACAAAGGCCAAAAAACAUAA